GAAUAAAUGUCUGAAAAACCAAAUCAAUAAAAUCCAAAAAAAGGAGAGCCAUGGAAACCCAAGGAAAAAUUUGAUAAGAAAGCAAAUAAAGAAAAAUAAAAAUUAGAAUAAGAAUAAACAAAAACUGAAGCAAAAUAAGAAUCUAAAUAAGAAGAAUCUAAUAAAAUAAAAUAAGAAUCUAAUUAAACAAUUUAACAAUAAAAUAUUAAGCAAGUUUAAUAAUAAAAAAAAGAAGAAUAGCCUAUCGUUGAUAAAUAAAAUAUUGUCUAAAAAAAUGAAUAAAAAGAGUAAAAUAAAAGAUAAGAUUUUCUUUCACAUCUUCCAAUAUUUUAAGACUAUACUUCUGAAAGUAUAAAAUCUGUUAAAUAAAUUGAUGUAAGAUAUUACUUUAAUUAUAGCCUUAAACUUUACAUCAUUCUUUUGUUGAACUUUGUAUUUAAUAUUAAAAUGGAUAAUGUAUAGGAUCUACCCAUAGAUGUGUUGAAUUUCUUAAUGCAUUGAAAUAAUUCAUAAAGGAUUAUAAGUUAUCAAGAUAAUCAAAUUACUUUGCUAUAGCAUUUGUUGAUGAAUUAAAAAAGAUUUUUAAUUUAAUGAAAAACUUUAGAACAGUGAAUGAAGGAAUGAGCACAUCAUAUUUAUUUAUAAAUGAAUGUUUAAUGAUAUUGAGAAGGGAUACAAAACUUGAUGAAAAUGAGUCAAAAAUAUGGUUAUGCAAUUAGAUUGAUUAAUUUAUUCAAUCAAAAAUAAUAUCAGCAUCAGAAUUAAUAAUUAAAAAUGUAUAAUUAUUAAAUAAAUAUUUGAAAGGCAACAUAAUUAAUUUAAGAAGGAACAACUAUUUUAGUGUAUGCUAGAUCAUAUUUGAUUGAAAAUUUUAUAAUAAAUUACUUUAAGUAAGGAAAGUAAUUGACUAUAUUUGUGGUGGAUAAUCCUUAAUUUGGAGAAGGUUCAUAAUUAGUGAAACGUUUAUAAUAAUAGGGAAUAUCUUGUUAUUAAAUAUUAUUGUCACAUGUCAGUUAUAUAUUAUCAAAAGUAGAAUUAUUAAUACUAUAAAAAUAGGUUGAUAAAAUAUUAGUAGGAGCAUCAUCAAUGUUAUGUAAUGGAGCUUUAGUAUCUAGAGUAGGAACAGCAUUAUUGGCAUGUCUAGCAUCAACUCAUAAAAUUCCAUUUUUAGUAUUUUGUGAAAGUUAUAAAUUCUCAGAAAAGAGUUAGAUUGAUUCUUUAUCUUGGAAUGAAAUAGCAUAAUUAUAAUAAGUAAAUGAAAAUCAAUAGUAUACUUCUUUAAGUCUUAGAUAUGAUAUUACAUAAUCAAAUUAUAUUAAUAUGGUAUAAAAAUAAUUUAUUUUUUUAGAUAGUGACAGAAGUAGGUUUGAUACCAGCAACUUCAGUUAAAGCUGUUAUAGGAGAAUUCAAAAAAUAUAAUUAUGUGGAUGCAAUAGAAGUUCCAAGAAAAGAUCAAUGAUAAUGUUUAAUAGGUAAGUAUCAUAAUAUUAUAUAUAUAUAUU